AUGUCGACGACAUCAUCGUCGUCAAGAAGGCACGGCGCCAGGAUAAUGGAGCCAACAAUGGAUCCGGCGGUUUACAACGUCAACGGCUCCGCUGUCAUCACCAACAUGCUUCUUCUCUACGGCUUCGCUGCCGUCGCGUUCAUCGUGCCGACGAUGACAGGCGUCGUUCGACGCGGAUUCUUUUGCGACGACGAGUCGAUUCGCUACGAGUACCGCGAGAAUACCGUCAGCACUGCGAUGUUGAUCACUUAUAAUCUGCUGCUAGACUUCAUCGUCGUCGCGACCGUCGAGUACUAUCGAAUAUACACGGUUGAGAAAAGUAUCAGAGUUUCGCAAUACCGAUGGCGUCGAUGGCACAUUAAUGUGCUCUUUGUGCGUAUUGCCACCUACUAUGCUUAUUCGCAUAUUGGAUUCGUGAUGAAUAUGGCGUUGAAUAUGACGACGAAGCAUUUCGUCGGAAGACUUCGUCCGCAUUUCCUUGACGUCUGCAAACCGGCGAAUAAUGUCUGCGCUGAUAUGCAUUCUCAUACGUACAUCACUGAUUAUGUUUGCACUGGCACGCCGGAGCUCGUACUGGAAGCAAGGAAAAGCUUCUACAGCGGUCAUUCGUGCAUUUCGUUGUACUGCGCGGUCUGGGCAGCCCUCUAUCUUCAAGCGCGACUCGCCACUGUCAUCCACAAUCGCGUCAUCGUUCCAUUGCUACAAACCACCAUUUUAUCAAUCGGAUUAAUUAUUAGCUGCUCUAGAAUUACUGAUAACAUGCAUCAUUGGAGCGAUGUGCUUGUUGGUGUGAUUGUCGGCAUCUUCUUCGCGGUUUACACGGGUGUCUUUUGGACCGAUAUGUUCAAGAACAAUAGCGUUGAGGAUGAAACAACGCCUUUGAUUAUUCGUGAAGAGCCUUCGACUCUAACUGCACCUUUAAUGGAACGAACUCGUGCGGAAGAAACCUCCCGGCCGAAUUUAACAGCCACUGUUAACGCAUAA